CUGCCACCGCAACUCGGCGGAGUCAGCAGCACCCAGCCAUCCAGCGGCAACUUUUCGGGCAAAUCAUCAACCCAAGGCUCAGGAACAGCCCGAAAAUGAGUCACUUCAAGGAGCGCUUUGUGACUCUGCUCCAUGAGAAGAACUUUGUGACGGAUCAGUUGGCGACGCUGGAGCAAAAAACAGGAGUGAAGAGAGAGUACAUCACCGUGGGUGUCCUGAGUCUGAUCGGGCUGUACCUUCUGUUUGGAUAUGGAGCCUCACUGCUCUGCAACCUGAUUGGCUUUGUCUACCCAGCAUAUUUCUCCAUUAAGGCCAUCGAGAGCAACGUGAAGGAAGAUGACACACAGUGGCUGACCUACUGGGUUGUUUAUGGACUCUUCAGCGUUGUCGAGUUCUUCUCUGACAUCUUCCUUUUCUGGUUCCCCUUUUACUAUGCCGGCAAGUGUUUGUUCCUGAUCUGGUGUAUGGCUCCGGUGACAUGGAACGGUUCUGAGAUCUUGUACAAUCGUGUGAUCCGGCCGUUUUUCCUGAAACACCAGGCAGCCAUGGACAGCGUGGUCAGCGACCUGAGCGCCAAGGCUAAGAACAUAACUGAGAGCGUGACAAAGGAGGGUGAGAUAACGUCAAUAUACAUCUGUUAACCGGGCCCUCAACCAUGACAAGGACCAGUGAGAGACAUGGAAAGGCUUUGUGUGUGUGUCUGUGUGUCUGUGUGUCUGUGUGUGUGUGUCUCUGUAAUUGAAAGAGUGACUGAAUGAGUUUAUGUGUGUUUGUUGUUUUGCUUUUGUUCUGUCUUCAAACCUCCUACCAUGACGAAUGAUGUUGAUCAACCCCUGCGUCAUGUGGUGAACCGAAGCUUCACACUCUUGAAAAUGAAUAAAAGGUUGUUUGUUUAUCACAUCAGUACUGCCAUCGGUACUGCCAAGACAAUCGGAGAAACUGUGACCUUUUUAUGUGAUCUUCUUUUAUUUGUCGUAGUGUGACAACCUUCGUGGAAAGAAAUCUAAUGAUGUCAAAAAAUACAAUUGUGUGCCUGCAGGUUUCAGCAGCACUAGCGGUACAGUCGAUAUUUUUAUGUCUAAUUGAGCCAGAAAACUGAGGCUGAUGACGUUACGGUUAUAAAAGCAGUUUGUCUUCAAAUGUGUCCACAAACAGCACUUUCUAAUUGUUAAUCAAAACUGGAACUUUUACAUGUCAUUAACGUGUUCUCGCUCUUAAAAGCCUCACUCUUGCAUGUGCGAAGCGGCAUUUAAAGUCUGUUGGAGCUAUUGGGAAUGGGAGGGUACUUCAUCUGUAACUUUAUCUUGAAGACUUCUGCCUUUUAAUAUGUCUUAAUUUAUCAUCUCAUAAUACUGAAAUAAUAAAACUGGAACCUGAAUGAAUUGAA